AUGCCUCCCACAUGCCGCUGUAACGAACGUUGCUCCCACCACGCAGCCCUGUCUCCGCCCUCGCCCGUCCGCUCCACGCCGCGCACGCCUCCCCCGCUCACCGCCACGCCCUCCGCUCCGCGUCACUCCGCUCCGCCCCGCCCGCCUAGCUCCGACCCGUUGUACCGCCCUACCUCUGUCCCCGCCCUUACGCCUCGCGCUUCCACGCCCGGCCCCGCCCCCGCGCCGCGCCGCGCCGCCCGCCGCUCUGCCGCCCUGCCGCCCUGCCACCCAGCCUCCCCGCCGCCCGCGCCGCCGCCCGCUGCCCGCUGCCCCUCCCGCGCGCGACGUCGCGUCGAGCACGUUGAUUGUGUUAAUUUCUCAUCUGGGUACACUUCCAUUGCAUCUUAUAUUGUUCUUCAUGUGUUACGAGCAAGCCCGUCUCUUGCGCAGGUGGUGCGAAUGCUGGCGGCGGUGGUGGCGGUGUUCGCGGCGCUGUGGUUGCCGUACCGGGGCAUGCUGGUCUACAACUCCUUUGCCACUCUGUUCCAAAAGGACAAGUUCAUGGACCUCUGGUUUCUCAUGUUCGCCAAGACGUGUGUCUACAUUAAUAGGUGA